AAAUACAAUCACGUUUUCUUAUUUUAUGUUUGUUGUUAUCAAUAAAUUUGAUUGUUUUCUAAUUGUUGUUAACUAAUUAUGGCUCAAAUUUUAGCUGGAAUUGGACGAUUAGGUCUUGGGUUAGCUCUUGCAGGUGGUAUUGUCAAUAGUGCUUUGUACAAUGUUGACGGAGGCCAUAGGGCAGUCAUUUUUGAUCGAUUCUCUGGAAUUAAACCUAACGUUGUUGGUGAAGGAACUCACUUUUUGAUUCCAUGGGUACAGAAACCCAUCAUUUUUGAUAUUCGUUCAAGACCCAGGAAUGUACCGGUUGUUACUGGUAGUAAAGAUUUACAGAAUGUCAAUAUCACAUUGCGUAUUCUAUUCAGACCGGUCCCUGAAAAUUUACCAAAAAUGUACACAAGCCUUGGUGUUGAUUAUGAUGAACGUGUUUUACCUUCCAUCACAAAUGAAGUCCUUAAAGCUGUUGUAGCUCAAUUCGAUGCAGGUGAACUGAUCACCCAAAGAGAGUUGGUGUCUCGACAAGUCAGUGAAGAGCUUACAGAAAGAGCUGCUCAGUUUGGUCUCUUAUUAGAUGAUAUUUCACUGACUCAUUUGACUUUCGGUCGUGAGUUUACCGCUGCUGUUGAGAUGAAACAAGUAGCCCAACAAGAUGCAGAAAAGGCUCGUUUCUUAGUAGAAAAGGCUGAACAAUUAAAAAUUGCUGCAAUUAUCACCGCUGAGGGAGAUUCACAAGCCGCUGCUCUGUUGGCUGCAGCAUUUGGUAAAGCUGGUGAAGCUUUAGUUGAACUUCGUAGAUUGGAAGCAGCCGAAGAAAUCGCCGCUGCUCUAUCAAGGUCACGAAAUGUUGUUUAUCUACCAUCCACUCAAAAUGCCCUUCUUCAAAUACCAUCAUGAUCAGUCCAGUGAUCAAAUCAAAACCACUGAGAACCUUACGUUCAAUUAAUUGUAACCAAUAGUAACAAUAUAUUCCCAUUUCUCUUUUUUUGUAAUUUUUCGCUCUUCUCAUCUCCAAGUAUCCCAAGCAAACAGUGUGUCAACAUAAGAAGAGAAAAAUGAUUAAAACUUAUCUCUAGUUUCUACCAA